CACGCACAAAUUCGAACACUUUGGUUUUUACACUGCUCAGUGCUCAACACGUAACAAGUGUUUGUUUUGCACUUGGUAGCGUUUCAUUUUCAUAUUAUAAUACCAUUUGGAUUUAAUAAGAUCGUUUUAAUAUUAAUAAUUUUUGUGUAAAGUCCAGAAAUCAUCUCUCUACUAAUAGGGCUGAAAUUUGAACUAUGAAUCCUCUAAGCCAAAUUGUACGCGCCACGCGCCCCAUUUAUCGUAAGUUGUCGACCACGCCUGUAACGUCAUCAGCUCCAAAGCCUAUUCCUACCACUGGAAUAUGCUUCGAAUUAAACGAUGAACAGAAAGCCCUGCAAGACCUGGCUCGCAAGUUCACAAGGGAGGAGAUCGUUCCGGUCGCCGGCCAGUACGACAAAACCGGGGAGUACCCGUGGCCCAUCAUAAAGAAAGCCUGGGAAAUCGGACUCAUGAAUGGACACGUUCCCGAGCACUGCGGGGGCAUGGGAAACUUUGGAGUUUUCGAGGAGUGCAUAAUCGGUGAAGAAUUUUCCUUUGGAUGUACUGGUAUUGGGACAGCCAUUGGCGGCACUGGCCUAGGCCAAACUCCCGUUAUCAUUGCUGGUAACAAGGAGCAACAAAAGAAAUAUCUCGGGAGAUUGAUCGAGGAGCCAAUUGUUGCUGCGUACUGUGUCACUGAACCCGGUGCCGGGUCGGACGUCGCGGGUAUCAAGACGAGGGCAGAAAAAAAGGGUGAUGAAUGGAUCCUCAACGGACAGAAGAUGUGGAUUACCAAUGGCGGUGUUGCUAACUGGUACUUCGUACUUGCGAGGACAAAUCCAGACCCCAAGUGCCCAGCCAGCAAAGCCUUCACAGGAUUUAUUGUGGAGAGGGAAUGGCAGGGAGUGUCGCCUGGCCGUAAGGAAUUGAAUAUGGGACAGCGUGCGUCCGACACCCGUGGAAUUACAUUCGAAGAUGUACGCAUUCCCAAGGAGAAUGUUUUGAUCGGAGAGGGCGCUGGAUUCAAGAUAGCUAUGGGAGCCUUCGACAAGACCCGCCCACCUGUCGCGGCAGGUGCCACAGGUCUGGCUCAGCGAGCGUUGUACGAAGCAACUAAAUAUUCACUUGAGCGUAAAACAUUCGGCGUUCCCAUCGCCCAUCACCAAGCUGUGGCGUUCAUGUUGGCAGACAUGGCUGUAGGUGUAGAGACAGCACGUCUCGCCUGGCAGAAGGCCGCCUGGAUGGUCGAUCAUGGCCAAAAGAACACCGUGAUGGCGUCUGUAGCUAAAUGCUACGCUUCCGAAGUUGCUAACAAAGCAGCCUCGGAUGCCGUACAAGUAUUCGGCGGCAACGGUUUUAACAGCGAGUAUCCGGUUGAAAAACUUAUGCGUGACGCAAAAAUUUACCAGAUCUACGAGGGCACAUCGCAAAUUCAAAGACUCAUUAUUUCCCGAGAAAUAAUCACAGAAGCUAAGCAAACUAAUGCAUAAAUCGUCACAUGUUCACUUUUUAAAAGUGUGUUUGAUGAAAGGCUGACUAUCCAUAUACUAUAUGGGUAUAAUCCCAUUCACUACAAUAUAUUUUUUGUCGUAUUUAUUGUUUCCAGAAUUAAAAUCAUAUAUGAUGUGCCUUAAAAGAUGAAAUAAAAUUUUGUAUAUUUUACAAGAAAUGUUUUAAGCAGUGAAAUGUUGCAUGUGCUUGGUUUUUGUUUAUAAUCUGUGGUCCUAUUUUUGUAAAUUAGACUUAUACCUAUACCAUAAGUUUCUUUUUUGAAUAAGAUAAGACGAAACAAGUUCACAAAUCUGUUUGUUCACAAUGAUUCAAUUAUAAAUUAUAAUAAACUCACAAAAUAGUAAUAAACACUGUUUGUCACAAUGAUUAAAUUAUAUAUUUUUUACACAAAUCAA